UCCUCCAUCCCUCCUCCGUCCCUCCUCCGUCCCCCGCGCAUCCCCCGCGCCGGCAGGGCCGCUCCUGCGCGGGGAUGGCGGAGCGGCCGCGCUUCCUCUGCGGCGUGGUGGAAGGUAGGUCCCUCUCCGGGGCCCCGACCCGCCCGGGCAUUGCGGGGCUUGUUCCGACCCACCCCAAGUGAACCGGGGGUGGGGAAGGGCCCCAGGCUGUGGGGGAGGCGGGAGUGGGUCCUUGCACAGCUCCCCAUCCCUGCCAGGGGGCUGGACCAGCACCUGUGCUCUGGGGUGCUCCCAGCUCUCCCAGGAACCCCACUGGGCCCUGCAGCCACCCCAGCAGCCCCCAGAGGGGCACAGGGACCGUCUGCUCAGCCUCCAGAGCUCUACACGGGGUUCUUGGCUGCCCUGGACUCAGGGGCAGCUUCCCGGUGUGUCCCCCCUGCCCCAUGGGCAGCAGUGCAGGACCCGUGCCCAGAGCUGGCCAGGGAGAGCCCUGUGCUUCCCCUUCCCCACAUCCCCAACUCCCCCUGGAGCUGAGCCAGGCCUGGCACCCACCAGGAAAAAUCAUCUGCCCCUCUCCUGGCAGCACAGUGCCCCCGCGAGGGGCACUGCCCUCUGCCUCACCUGAGAGGAAGCAGGAACGCCACUCAAAUAAAUGUAAAAUAAACAGGAAAUGCAGGGGUGGAGAGGCUGGCAUGAGUCAGACAGGAAUCACUGGUAUAUCAGAGCUGACCUGGGAAACAGGACAGGGAUGAUGCCGGCAAAUCCAUUCCAGGAGAGCUCUGCUGGCAGGGCGUGUGCAGGGCUGAGGGGCCUCCUUGCCAGCCCACGGCAGGUCACAGCAACACGUGCUGUGAAAGUGUCACUUUCAGGUGCCAUACAGGGACUCUGGGGACCUCGCUGGGAUCUCAAAAGAGCAAAUUAUUUACCACAGAAAUAAUUUCUGUGGUAUAUUAUUUGCCAUUUUUUUUUUUGUCAAAAUCUUUGCUGGGAUUCUCGAGUGGCUGCAAAUUUGGCCCCGUGCACAGUAGGGGAUGGAUGGCAAGGUGAUUGUUUAUUACUCCAAAGUAUUUGGAAUAACCAUGUAGGUGUUCAGGCAGGUAGAAAAUCUGUCUGCAGAGAGAAGACAGAUGGAGAGUGGGAGUUGCUGUGGAGCAUCUCCCUCAGCAUUGCCCAGCACUGGUGCUGGGGGCUGCAGGGUGGACUCCUGCCAGAGGGAGCCAAGGGAAUGAUGAGCCCCAGAUGAGCUCUGGGGCACUCAGGUGCUUUGGGAAAUGCAGGUGCUUCCCUGAGUGGCACUGGCCUCGUGCCACACACGGAUAUAUUAAUAUAUGUGGUGAGUUCCAUUUCCUUUCUCCCAGCUUAACAGAGUCAGUGCAGUCUGCCCCUGGUGCACCACCCAGUUUUGGGAAUGCCGUCACUUCCCAAGUGUCUGCUCCGCUCCCCUUGGCCCUGACUGCUGGAAGGAGCAGUGGCUGGCUCAAAAGUUGCCCGUGAUGCAGAGAGAAGGCAGGGAGAUGCCUUAAUGGCCAAUUGCCAUCGCUGUCCAAGGCGUAAUGGGUUUUCUGUGGGACUUCCCUUUGCAGCUGCCAGAUCCUGCAGAGAAUUUGGGUGGCUGAAGGUUCUUCUCUUGCUAAACCUCAGGUCUGUGCUGGGGCAGUGACAGGUUCGCCUUAACCUCAGCUUUGAGGAGCUGUCAAAUCUGCAUCAGUCCGUCCCCAGGGGAAGGGGUUUGUGUUCCUCUGGAUAUCCUCUCCCCCUGGCUUUGCAGACAGCUCUGCACCUCCCAGAUCUUCCUAAAUAGAGAAUCAGGAAGGGCCUUUCCCUGGAAGUGGUCCCAACAGCAGAAUGGGUUCUGCGGGUCUGGCAGAGCAUCUCUGUGUCCAGGGAUAGCCCAGAGACUUUUUUAAGGCGCUCACAAACAACUGCAUUUUGCCUUUCAUUUCCUCCCUUUUACAGGUUUCUAUGGGAGACCAUGGUCAAUGGAUCAGAGGAAACUUCUCUUCCAAUGGCUGCGGCGCCGCGGGCUGAACUGCUACAUGUACGCGCCCAAGGACGAGCUGAAACACCGGCUGCUCUGGAGAGAGCCCUACACAGAGCAUGAGCCCGCAUGCGGUCUCUCCUGGAAGCUGCCCACCAGCAGGGGGUGGAGUUCAUUUUCGCCAUUUCUGCUGGCCAGGACAUGGUGUUCUCCAGCGCCGGGGACCGGCUCCUGCUGCAGCAAAAACUCAGGCAGGUGGCUGCCAUGGGCUGCCGCUCCUUCGCGCUGCUCUUCGACGACAUCGACCCCUGCAUGUGCCAGGCUGACAGAGAUGUCUUCCCCUCCCUGGCACAGGCUCAGGCCUCUGUGGCCAACGAGGUGUACCAGGAGCUGGGCCAACCCUCCGUCUUCCUCUUCUGUCCUACAGAGUAUUGCAGCUCGCUCUGCUCCCCCAGCCCCAGCCAGUCCUGCUACCUGCAGACCAUCGGCCAGGAGCUGCUCCCAGGGAUCGGCGUCAUCUGGACAGGCCCCAAGGUGGUGUCUCAGGAGCUCUCAGCCGCGCUGCUGGAGGAGGUGGAGGCCGUCCUGAGGCGCCGCCCCGUCAUCUGGGACAACCUCUACGCCAACGACUACGACUGCAGGCGCGUCUUCCUGGGCCCCUACAUGGGCCGUGCUCCCGGCCUCAUGUCCAGGCUCCACGGGCUGCUCCUCAACCCCAACUGUGAGCUGCAGGCCAACUUCAUCCCCGUGCACACGCUGGGCGCCUGGUUUCGGAGCGAGCUGGGGAGCUGUGCCCCCCCUGACCCUGCAGGAGAGGAGGCGGUGGCAGCCCUGGGGGACAGCCCAGGAGCUCAGGAUGGAAGCUACAGCCCCCAGGAAGCCUUGGAGCUGGCGCUGCAGGACUGGGUGGCCGAGAUAAACCAGCAGGCCUUGGAGCCAGGAGGAAGGACCCCAGGACACCCCAGUGUCAGCCUCAAGGGAGCACCGAGGCUGCAGCCUGGCACGGCGGGAGGACAGGAGGUCACUGCCGACCCCCAGCCCCACAGCUCUGCUCCCAGUGGGGCAGAUCAGCACAGCCCCGAGCCCUGCGGAGCGGCACCGGAGCAGGGCUGCAGGGAGGUGACCUCGGAGCCUGGGGACAGCGGGAACAGGACACCCACAGGCCACCAGCAGAGCCCUACAGGGGCUGGGGACCAGCUCGCCACAGGGAGCAGGGAGAGCUGCGAGCCCUCCUCUGCUCUGCCCAGUGUGGCUGGAGGAAUCCCAGUGGCCACCAAGACCCUCCCCAGUCCAAGCCCCACCACGAGCUCCAGCCAUGGGGCCCACACCAAUGAGAACAUUUCCUUGCCUACCAGUGGUGCCAGGACAGGGGGUGGCAGCCCUGUCCAGUCUCCCAGCAGCGCCCAGCCUGAGGCCAUCGGGUCUGAUGUGCCCCAGACACCCCCAAGACCUGGGGCUGGUGUCAGCCCUGGCACCCCCGCCCCACUGACUGAUGAGGUUGGUGCUAGCCCUGGUCCCAUGGCACCAGUGACCCCAGAGGAGGCUGGGUCUGGCCCCAUGGCACCACUGAUGCCCAAGGAAGCCAGGACCAGCCCCACAGCACAGGUGACCCCAGAGGAGCCCAGGACCAGCCCCAUGGCAACAGUGACCCCAGAGGAGGCUCAGUCUGGCCCCAUGUCCCCUAAGGAGGCCAGGACCAGCCCCACAUCACAGGUGACUCCAGAGGAGGCCAGGACCAGGCCCACAUCACAGGUGACCCCAGAGGAGGCUGGGUCUGGCCCCAUGUCCCCCAAGGAGGCCAGGACCAGCCCCAUAUCAGAAGUGACCCCAGAGGAGGCCAGGACCAGCCCCACAUCACAGGUGACCUCAGAGGAGGCCAGAACCAGCCCCACAUCACAAGUGACCCCAGAGGAGGCCAGGACCAGCCCCACAUCACAGGUGACCCCAGAGGAGGCCAGGACCAGUCCCACAUCACAGGUGACCUCAGAGGAGGCCAGGACCAGCCUCAUAGCACCGGUGACCCCAGAGGAGGCUGAGUCCGGCCCUAUGGCACUGAUGACCCCAAAGGAGCCCAGAUCCAACCCCACGGCACCACUGAGCCCAGAGGAGGCCGUGCCCAGCCCCACAGCACCCCUGACCCUGGAGGAGGUGCGGAUGCUGGUGGAGCUCUUCUACCUGCCCUACCACCACGGGGCUCUGGCACAGGAGCUCCUGGAGCACUUUCGGUGGCUGCGGGCAAACAGCCUCAGCGUGGGGGUCCCGGCCGCAGCGCCUGACGCCUGCGGGGGCGCGUGGUGGCGAGGCCGGGCUCAGUCCUUCCAGCUGCUCUGCGCGCGGACGUGCCGCCUGCACAGCCGCCUGGUCAGCACCGCCGGCCGCGCGCUGCUCUACGACCUGCACCCCUACCUCUGGGACAUCCGCAACCUGCUGCUGGCCGCCAGUGCCUUCGUCCUCUGGCUGGAUGGGCACCUCCUCUGCGAGCCUGACCCCAAGGGCACCUGGGGGAACUGCUUUGGUUGGUGCCAGAGCAUCGCUGCCCCAAUGCUGCUGGGGAGGGACGCCGAGCCCUGGGCGCGUCGCGGGGGCCUCUUUGGAGAGCUGCAGGCGCUGCUGCCCGUGGGGAACAGCUGUGACCUUUUCUACCACCCCCCGCCGCUCUUCCCGUCCAGCCAGCUGUACGUGCUGCGCCCGCUGCUGCCCCUGGACAAGGGAGAGCUUUACCGCAUGUGCCGGGAGAGCCUGGACUGUGACCCCAAAGUGGCAGAGAUCCUCGUGGCCCACCCAGAUCUCCUCGGUGACAGGCUCCUGGGCAGCUUCCUCAGCCUGAGCCCCGAGUACACCUUCGUGCUGGAGGACGAGGCGGGCCCGUGUGGCUACGCAGCCGGAGCGCUCCACGCCGAGGGCUUCCUGCAGCAGCGGGACAGCAGCUGGCUGCCAGCCCUACGGCACAAAUACCCCCCUGACCUGGGCACGGGGGGCCCAGCUCUGGGACAGGAUGCCCUGGAGGAAGCAGUGCUCUUCUUCCACGCAGAGCCGCUGGCAGUGCCCCAGCCUGUGCUCAGGCGUUUCCCCUCCCUGGUGCAGCUGGGCACGGCCCCCCGUGUGCUGGACGUGGGGGCCAGUCGCAGCCUGGCCCUCUGCCUGCUGAGCGCGCUCAGGGCCAACGGGUCCCGGGGAGUGUUCUGCCAGGUCAGCGACGCCGACAGGCAGCAGCUGAGCUUCUACAGCAAGCUGGGCUUUGUGGCCCUGCCGGUGGCCUGGGGCAGCUCUCCCGGCGCUCAGCUCUUGGGACGCCUCCUCUGACGUGCCCCAGGCCAGGCUGAGCCCCCCAUCCCACACAGCCUGAGCAAACAGGAGCAGAGGGGCACCUCGAGCGGGCCAGGGACACUGGAGAGGGGACAUGGGGGCCAGCAGGAUGUCCCUGGGAUGUGUGCAGGGCUGUGAGGUACCUGGGUAGCAGAGAGCUAUUUCUGCUGCUCCCAGGAUUUGGGCACCUCUGUGCCACCCCAGCUGUUCCUGUUUGUUCCCCUGGGUACCCCGCACCUUUGCUGGGGAGCCAGGCUGUCUGCAGACCCUCAGGCCCAUGAGCAUGUUUGGGUUUUUGUGGUCCUGGAGCACAGCAUGGGGCCUUAGUGCCACAGGAGUGUCCCUGUCACGCAGGCUGGGCUGUCCAGCUCUCUCCAUCCCCUGUGUGCCCUGAGGCUGGGCAGCCGGUGCUGGGGCUGGCUCUCGGCACUGCGGACCUGCUUGUCUGUAUGGGUUGAUCUGGUAUGGGAUGGGUGAGGCAGCCUCUUUCUGUGCCUGGGGCCUGAGGGGAGCGCUGUC